GUUUGGAAAAGAAAGGUAUAGAAAAAUGGUCUGAAAUGGUCUCUCUUGAGUGUUGGUUAUGGUGACUUGUGAGGCUGCUCCUUAAAGCAUCUGCCCUCACAGCAGUUCCUUCAGGUUUGGCUCUCCUAUGCAUUAUUAAGUUUUAUUAAAAAAUGAACUGUAUAGAUAUUAAGUUAUACCACAUGCCCUUUUUUAAGAUUAAGAAAUGGUGAUUUUGUUUUCAGGACAUCAUCAACUGCAUAGGUGGAUUAAAUGUACUCUUUCCUUUAUUGGAACAACUCAGCUACUUUAAUGAAGGACAGGUUUCUGAAGGAAUGAGUGAAAGCACAGUUCCUGAAUGGAUAACACCUGUAGAAGGAGAGCCUAUGGUAUCAGCCUCCACAAAGGCAUCAGAGUCAAGACUAGAGAAAAAUCUGGUUGCAACAUUUAUCUUGAUUGUGAAACACUUUAUUCAGAGACAUCCAAUUAAUCAGGACAAUCUUAUUCAGUCCCAUGGAGUUGCAACUCUUGGUACCUUACUUCAGAAGGUGCCAGGUACCUUAAUGGAUGUUAAUGUAUUGAUGGCAAUUCAGUUAUUAAUUGAACAGGUCUCAUUAGAGAAAAAUGUGCCACUGCUGCAACAAAUGUAUCAGUAUUUACUAUUUGACUUCCGUAUUUGGAACCAUGGAGAUUUUCCCUUUCAAAUUGGUCAUAUACAAUACCUUUCAACUAUUAUUAAAGACAGCAGGAGAGUUUUCCGAAAGAAAUAUGGUGUGCAGUUUCUCCUAGAUACACUCAGGAUUUAUUAUGGGUAUGACGUCUCUGCUCCUUCUUAGUU